CCCAAGAUGAGUGCGACAAAGGAAGAUGUUGAAAAGUUCCUGGAUGGAAACCCGGCUUUCGCCCAGGGCUACUUCAACAAGAAGCUCACACCAGGGGCCCUCUCAGUGAUGGCGGGGAUCCCGGAGUCCAAUGUGGAUUUUGGGAUGUUACAGGAGCUGAGCCAGAUAGAGGAAGGCCAGAUCCUUUUCGACCUGAUCAAAGAAAUGCAGGAGAAUGUGAACAUGGAGAAAGUGGUGUUCAAGAUCCUGAAGAGGAUCGUCGCCCUGAUCCAAGCUGACCGCUGCAGCCUGUUCAUGUACCGGGAGAGGAACGGCAUCGCGGAGCUAGCCACGCGUCUUUUCAACAUCACCACAGAGUCUGAGCUGGAUGACUGUGUGGUUCACCCUGACCACGAGAUAGUCUUCCCCCUGGACCUUGGGGUGGUGGGAAAUGUGGCCCAGACCAAGAAACACAUCAAUUUGAAAGAUGCCAAUGAGAGCAGUCACUUCAGCUCGUUUGUUGAUGACCUGACAGAGUACAAAACCAGGAACAUAUUAGCCUCGCCUAUCAUGAACGGAGAGGAUGUGGUGGCUGUGAUCAUGGCCCUGAACAAGACCACUGGACCCCACUUCACCACUGAGGAUGAGGAUCUUUUUCUGAAGUAUCUCAGAAUAGCCUCUUUGAACCUGAAGAUUUACCAGCUGAACUACCUGUACAACUGUGAGACUCGAAAAGGACAGGUCCUGUUGUGGUCCGCCAACAAGGUGUUUGAGGAGCUGACAGACAUUGAGAGACAGUUCCAUAAAGCCCUGUAUACAGUGCGGGCAUACCUGAACUGUGACAGGUACUCUGUGGGCCUACUGGAUAUGACAAAGGAGAAGGAGUUCUUUGACAUCUGGCCAGUGUUGAUGGGAGAUCAGCCCCCCUACGCUGGACCUGUUACUCCGGAUGGCAGAGAAGUCAUAUUCUACAAAGUCAUUGAUUAUAUUUUGCAUGGAAAAGAGGAUAUCAAAGUUAUUGCGACUCCCACUCUAGAACACUGGGUGUUGUGUACUGGAUUGCCCACAUAUGUAGCCGAAACUGGUCUUAUAUGUAACAUCAUGAAUCCCACAACAGAGGAGAUGUUCAAGUUUCAGUCAGAGCCCUUGGAUGACAGUGGUUGGACCAUAAAGAAUGUGCUGUCCAUGCCAAUUGUUAACAUGAUGGAAGAGAUUGUGGGCGUGGCUACAUUCUACAACAGGAAAGAUGGGAAGCCAUUCGACCAGCAGGAUGAGGAGCUAAUGGAGGCUAUGACUAACUUCCUGGGCUGGUCCCACCUCAACACAGACACUAAUGACAGGAUGAAAAUGAUGGAGAACCGGAAAGACAUAGCCCAGGACAUGGUUCUCUACCACGUCAAGUGCCGUGAUGACGAAAUACAGACAAUCCUGAAAACCAGGCAGUAUUUCAACAGAGAGCCCUGUGACUGUGAAGAGGAUGAGUUUCUGCAGAUUCUGAAAAAAGAGCUACCCGGCCCCAAGAAGUUUGAGAUCUACGAGUUUGGGUUCUCUGACUUUGACUGCACAGAGCUGGAGCUGGUGAUGUGUGGGAUCCAGAUGUACUAUGAGGUCGGAGUGGUCAAGAAGUUCCAAGUUCCACAGGAGGUUCUGGUGCGUUUCCUGUUCUCUAUCAGCAAAGGCUACAGGAAAAUCACCUAUCACAACUGGCGCCACGGUUUCAAUGUUGGGCAGACUAUGUUCACACUGUUGACGACAGGGAACCUGAAAAGGUACUACACAGAUCUGGAGGUGAUGGCCAUGAUCACAUCUGCUUUUCUCCAUGAUAUCGACCACAGGGGGACAAACAACCUCUACCAGGUGAAAUCGGGUAACCCACUAGCCAAGCUUCACGGCUCGUCUGUCCUGGAGAGGCAUCAUCUAGAAUUUAGCAAGUUCCUUCUGGCAGACGAGUCCUUGAAUAUCUACCAGAACCUCAACAGAAGACAGAACGAGCAUGCCAUCCACCUCCUGGACAUUGCCAUCAUUGCAACAGACUUGCAACUCUAUUUCAAGAAGCGAACAAUGUUCCAGAAGAUUGUUGACCUAUCAAAGACCUACGAAGAUGAGAAGAAGUGGGUGGACUGGAUGUCACUGGAGACGACCAGGAAAGAGAUUGUCUUGGCCAUGAUGAUGACAGCAUGUGACCUGUCAGCCAUCACUAAACCAUGGGAGGUGCAAAGCAAGGUGGCGCUGUUUGAAGCAGCUGAGUUCUGGGAGCAGGGUGACUUGGAAAGGGAAGUUCUUGAAAAACAACCCAUUACUAUGAUGGACAGAAACUGCGCUGGCCAACUGCCCAAUCUGCAGUGUGGUUUCAUUGACUUUGUCUGCACAUUCAUCUACAAGGAAUUCUCCCGCUUCCAUCCGGCCAUCCAGCCGAUGUAUGAUGGCCUCCUAAACAACAGGAAGGAGUGGAAGGCCAAGCAGGAAGAGUACGAGGCCAAGCAGGCCAUCCUGGAAGCCCAGUCAGGGUCCAAGACGUGCUCAGUGUGCUAGAGCCCGUUUUGGAGGUCGAUCACUCCAGGAUACAUCACAGCCACACAGUCUUGCUGCCGGCCGGGGCAGGGCCAGCCUCACUUCAGAGCAGCUGUGGAAAAACAGCCUGCACUCACAGCAUCAGAGCCUUGGAGAAGAGCCAGAGGGACUAUUUAGCAGCCACGCAGAAAAGCAGUUGGACCUGCUGGUUACAGACCCAUGUUGGCACAUUAUGGACACAACAGUCAAGUUUCUUCCUUCAGUUGAAGGGUAGUUGUCAUUAGUUGCAUUGGCAAAUCCACAAUUUAGAAGUUACCCCUGUCAAUAUGUUUCACGACCUUCGGAGGAAUCCUGCAAGUAGACGUGUGGAGAGUAUGCGUCUUAUGUACGCUAAGUUCCUGAAGGUCUUUAUCAACCAAUUUAAGGAACAAGAAAUCACUCAAUUCUGAA